AUGUCAGUGAAAGAGGCCCUAUGUAUUGUGUCGAAAGUUUUCGAAGGGGACAAGAAGGAUUUAAGAGAAUUUAUCGAAAAUGUAGAUGCAGCUUUUGAAUUAGUAAAGCCUGAGGAACACGAAACGUUAUUGAAGUUCGUGAAAGCAAAGAUAACCGGUGAAGCUAGGUCGAGAUUGCAGGUGCGUGAACGCACAGGUACGUGGCAAGAGGUGAAACGCGUUUUGGAAGAGAAUUAUGCCAGUAAGCGUACUAUAGACUAUUACGCUUGUAAAAUUUUUCAAGCCAGACAAGGACAAGGGGAACCAAUAGCAAUGUGGGCAAGCAGAAUUGAUGAAAUGCAGAGAGACUUUCGAGAAGCAGUAAAUAGAGUUACGGCCCGAGAAAACUUGAAAGGUGCAAUAGAACUAGUUGACUCCCUAGGAAGAGCGUGUUUUAUACAGGGUUUAAGUAAUGACAGAAUACAGACAAUAGUGAGAAGCAGAGGCGACGAAAUCACGUUGGCAGCAGCAGUGGAAUUGGCACUGCAGGAAGAGAGUGCGAUAUUGUCUAUGAGAGAGCGGGGACUAGCCCCGAGGGUAACGUACACUCGAAACAAGGAAGCUGUAAAAAGCGCGAGAGAAGUUACAUCAUUGUUCUUCUGGAACGGCAAUUUGUUCUCUUCCUUCUGGCUUCACUACCAACCACCAGAGUUCUGGUCGCUGGUCACCGGAAGUAUCACUCAUUGCUUGUGA